AUGCUGAUUUACAAGGACAUCAUCACCGGCGACGAGCUGAUCUCCGACUCGUUCGAUCUCAAGGAGGUGGACGGCGUGGUCUUCGAGGCUGACUGCCGUAACAUCACCCUCGGUGCCGUCGAGGUCAACACCGGCGCAAAUGCGUCUGCUGAAGAGGCGGCCGAGGACACGGAGGAUGGUGCUCAGACUGUCCUUGACGUCGUGCACUCCUUCCGUCUGACUAGCACCCAGUUCGACAAGAAGGCAUACCUCAGCCACCUUAAGAGCUACAUGAAGGCCGUCAAGGAGAAGAUGAAGGCCAACGGUGCCGAUGAUGCUGCCGUGAAGGAGUUUGAGACCGGUGCAGGUGCCUACGCCAAGAAGAUCAUUAGCAACUUCAAGGACUACGACUUCUACAUUGGCGAGAGCAUGGACCCGGAUGGCAUGGUCGUCCUUCUCAACUACCGCGAGGAUGGUACCACACCAUACGUUACCAUCUGGAAGCACGGUGUCAAGGAGGAGAAGGUUUGA